AUGAAAGGAGUUAAUGAUUUUAUGAGAAAAGUAAACGAUGUGGAAAAAAUGAAAAGAUAUUUGUCAGAUCACAGCGCGUCCAUAAAAAUAUACUGCUUUUUCGCUGUAGUAAUAUUUAUAUUUUAUCAUUUGUUUUCUGAUGGAGAUUUUUCCUUUCUGCUGACUCUGUCUUCUGUGAUUAGUAUGUUCUCCUUCCUAAUGGUAUUUUUAAAAAUAGAAAUGAAUAAAUCAUGUGCAGGUGUAUCUUUAAAAAUGAUGGAAUGUUAUGUUGUUCUUAACACUGCCAGACUACUGUCCAUUGUGCCAUUCGAAGGAUACCUACCUUAUGACAAAAGUGGUGAUUGGUUAUAUCAGUUGGUUGAAGCUAUUUCUUUAUUUAUCAAUUGUUGUAUUGUGUACUUGUGCAGGUACAAAUACAAAAAUACCUACGAUAGCUCGAACGAUAUUUUUAAUAACCUGUUUUUAAUUAUCCCUGCCUUUGUAAUUUCCAUCUUUGUGCACCCCUCGUUGAACUCCUUUCUCCCGGCUGAUGUUGCCUGGUCAUUUGCGUUAUACUUAGAAUCAGUGUGUGUGUUACCACAGCUGUCCAUGUUUCAGAAGGAGGGCAAAGUUGCAGCAUUUACCACUCAUUUCCUCGCGUCACAGGCGUUUUCGAAGGUUUUGUCUUUUCUCUUUUGGAUAGUGUCAUAUAGGGAGUUGAACUCUUCGGAUAAUAUUAUUAAAUCAUAUGUGGGAGUUUGGGUUGUAAUAAUGCAAAUUGUUCAGUUGUUACUCAUGGGUGACUUCAUAUAUCAUUACAUUCGAUGUCUGAGCAAAGGAGUUUCUUUCGAUAAUUUAUUGAAUGAAAAUGUUUAA